AGUCAUAACAGGAAAUAAUUCAUACUCAGCAAGUAGAGUUACAAGAACUGGAGGACACGGGGGAUGAAAACCUUAUCAAUUUUGGCGUUGGGUCUCUCCUUAUUACGUCUCACUGAUACAGAACGAGGCUGCCCGCUCGGUAGUUUUGGAUGGAAGUGUAAGUUCCGCUGCCACUGCCUUCGCGGGUCAUGUGACGACACGAAUGGAUGGUGCGAGUCUGGAUGCCAAGAUGGGAAAUAUGGAUUCGGUUGUCAACUCGACAACCAUUGUAUUUAUGACACCCAUGGUAUCAACUACACCGGAACAUUCAGUCAGGCGCAGAAUGGUAGUCAGUGUCAGAAAUGGUCGGAACCUUUUGUUCAUGAACUAGGUUAUUCAACAGAAAGUUUCCCCCUCGAAGACAACCGGAAGAACUACUGCAGAAACCCCCGGCAUGGGAACGACCAAUACGCUACAAUGCCCUGGUGUUUUGCCUCUGAACACACAGUGAAGCAUUACGUUAUGUGCGCUGAUCUUAAACUAUGCAAUUGCCCCGACGGCUUGUUCGGAGAAGGCUGCGGGAAAUUCUGUCAUUGUGAUGACGUGAAUGAAGCAUGUGCUGCCAGAUUGGGCCACUGCAAGUCGGGGUGUUCCGCUGGAUGGACUGGCUUGAAUUGUCAGCACAAAUGUGGCGUAGGUAGCUACGGUCGAGGGUGUGGCCAGGUGUGUGGGCACUGUCACCAGGAGAGGUGUGACCCUGAGAGUGGGGCGUGUCAGGGAGCCUGCAAGGAGGGCUACUGGGGAAUCGACUGUACACACGAAUGUCCCGCUGGUAGUUUGUGGCGUGACUGUGCCGAGCUCUGUGGACGCUGCCAAGACGAGGAUGAUCCCUGCAACUUCAAGGCCAACACCUGCCUCGGGGGAUGUUCUCAAGGGUACACGGGCAACGCUUGCUGUUUUCAUAGUGAGUACUGCACAGUCGAUAGACAUGACACAGACUGUGUGUACAGAUGUAGUAAUUGUCUCAAUGGAACAUGCGGUAACUGCUCUUAUGUCUGCAACCCUGGCAAGUGCAAACCAGAUUUUAUCAAUAGGAUUAUCUGUGGGACUUCCAUCGGCUGCUGUCGUGGUUGGGAUAGUUGCUGGACUGAGCCGGAUGUGACUGUAUUUGAGACAUACGAUCAAGAACAUUACCGUUUGUAUUACAAAGCCUGGAAGAAACAUACAGCCAGGAAAUGCCAACAAGAGUUUAUUGAGAUGGUACCCCAAAGACAUCCCAAUGCUGCUGCAAGUUCCCCUUUGUCCUCGCGUGGAAGAAUCUUUAAACAGCCACCAGACGGGCGGUCGUUGAAUCCGAGAGGAUCACAAGCCAUCACAAGCCAAUUUCUUCCUGGUCUUUUCUCCCACACGAGCUUCCAGCCAGAUCUUUUUAGACGCUCUCAGGAUUUACCUCGACAGGACAGUUAUAUUGACAGCAUUAACAUAUUUGGAACAGAGGAAGUCGAUGACAGUGCCACCACUCAAAGACGGCAUCUUUUUGGCCAGAGUAGUCGUAAACAAGGUGUUUCGAGGAGCAAGAAGGGCGGAGGUAGUUUCAAUGUUACCCAACCAGAUAGUGGCUUUAUUGAACAAUUCUCUUCGCAUUGUCAGGAAGACAAGACUUGAGCACUGUAUGCUACAUACGGAGGCGGUCUGAGAUGAUGGAAAAGAACUGAAAUUGUUCAUAAUAAUAAAAUAUAUAUUUUUGAUUGUGUGUUUAUCAAACUUUCAAAUAUGGUGGCGUCUCUAGUUUCAUAAAAAAAUAUUGUUACAAUUCCGGAUUAGCAUUCGUCUCCAUUAACCUAUGUUUGUCGUAAGAGGCGGGAAAUUGAUCGGGUGGUCGGGCUCGGUGAUUUGGUUGAUUGGGUGUCAUAAUAUUAAUCACUGGUUGUCUAGUCCAGACUUAAAUAUUUACACACAAAUUUCACAUAGCUGGACUGUUGCUGAGAACAGUGUUCAACAACAAGCAAGCAAACAAAAUAGACCAUGUAAAAUACAACACCGUUCUACAAAAACGGAUAAGUAGCCGUUAGUACUUCAAAGCAGCACUCGUGAACACCAACAUCUCAAGUGACGUGAUUGAAUUCCAUAUUGACAUUCUGAAUCACAGACGACUGAUGGACACCGAUGUAUCUCUGACUCUGGGUUGCCCUUACCCUCUCCUAUGCUGCGACCAGGGUUCUUCAUGAUAGUUGGUUCUGUGUGGUCCAAUAUCGAGGCACUUGCUCUGGUACUCUUUGCAAGAGACUUCCAUGUCAGUUUCAAGCUAAUCGGGUCUACCUCUCUAUUUGUUUCGGCGGAUAAUUGAAGUUUGCUUAGAAAUCUCAAUCAAAUAUCAAUUUGUAGACAUACGUCAAUAUUAGUGGUUAAAUGCGAUACAAGUCUAGACUGUUAGAGAAUGUGAAGAAAAUAACAGAAUACAUCCCCAUACUUGUGUUCUUUGUGGACUCGUCAAUUGAUUAUCCAGAUGUAAAGAAUAAAGCAUGUAUUAAGUU